AUGGGCUAAUCAAAAAUAGGCCCAUCUCAUCCAGAUAAGUCUUUUUCAUCAAAUAAAUUUUAAUAUGAUAGAUAAUUCACUUUUCAUGAACCAGAUAAUUAUGAAUUGUUAAAUAAGGCUUUACUUUUUAGUAAUGAAAAUUUGAUGAUUCAUGAAUGUUUAUACAUAAAUGGGCAUUUUCUUUCAAAUUGUAAGUUUACUAUUAAUUCAUUUUAUAAUCUGAAAGAUAUCAAAAACCUUUUACAAAAAGAAAAUAAAAUAUUGACUUUUUAACAUGAAUUUGAGAGAAUUAGUAAAGAUUUUAGAUUUAAGUCAAAUAUUAUUACAUAAAACACUACAAUUUAAGAAGUGAAUAUAACUUAAUUAUAUAAGCAAACCAAUUCUUUUUAAAAUCAAAAUAUACAAAUGAUGGAUAGUUUUGGAACUAAUAAUUCAAUUAAUCAAAUAUCAAAUAGAGGAAGGUAGAAUCAAAGAUAAAAAAAAGCAGGUGAAUCAUCUUCUGAAGAUUUUACAGAUUUAGAUGAUAGAAGUAAAUCUCCUAGUCCUAUUUCCAAUAAAUCUUAAGAAAUUUUCAAGAAGAAUAAUGUUAUAUUGAAGAAAAACUUUCCUUCUGAUACUGAUAGUGGUUAGGAACAGAAACAAAUAAAUAAAGAAUAUAGUCGAAUAAUUAAAGAUAAAAAACCUUAAGCUUUGAAUGAAGCUUCUCUUUAAAAUCCAAAUUAUUAACUUGAUGAAGAUUAAGAAGAAUAAGAUUUAGUAUUUCAAGUUAAUUCAGAUCUAAUGAACCUAAAAAGUAGAAUAGAAUAGUAAAUUGGUCCAUCCUAUAAAAAUAUUCCUAAAUCAGAAAUAUUUACAUCAAAUUAUUAGAAACUUAUAGAAAAAUAAAACAAUUAAUAAGUAAUGCAGUUUUACUAUAUUAUUAGUAGAAACAAAAUAAUUAAACUCGUGUAAUGGAAUAUUAAGGUUUAGAAAAAUAAUAAUUUUAAUAAGACUAUUAAUCAUAGAAUAAAUAGAUUAAAUAAUAAUAAUAAUAAUAAUAAUAAUAAUAAUAAUAAUAAUAAUAAUAAUAAUAAUAAUAAUAAUAAUAAUAAUAAUAAUAAUAAUAAUAAUAAUAAUAAUAAUAAUAAUAAUAAUAAUAAUAAUAAUAAUAAUAAUAAUAAUAAUAAUAAUAAUAAUAAUAAUAAUAAUAAUAAUAAUAAUAAUAAUAAUAAUAAUAAUAAUAAUAAUAAUAAUAAUAAUAAUAAUAAUAAUAAUAAUAAUAAUAAUAAUAAUAAUAAUAAUAAUAAUAAUAAUAAUAAUAAUAAUAAUAAUAAUAAUAAUAAUAAUAAUAAUAAUAAUAAUAAUAAUAAUAAUAAUAAUAAUAAUAAUAAUAAUAAUAAUAAUAAUAAUAAUAAUAAUAAUAAUAAUAAUAAUAAUAAUAAUAAUAAUAAUAAUAAUAAUAAUAAUAAUAAUAAUAAUAAUAAUAAUAAUAAUAAUAAUAAUAAUAAUAAUAAUAAUAAUAAUAAUAAUAAUAAUAAUAAUAAUAAUAAUAAUAAUAAUAAUAAUAAUAAUAAUAAUAAUAAUAAUAAUAAUAAUAAUAAUAAUAAUAAUAAUAAUAAUAAUAAUAAUAAUAAUAAUAAUAAUAAUAAUAAUAAUAAUAAUAAUAAUAAUAAUAAUAAUAAUAAUAAUAAUAAUAAUAAUAAUAAUAAUAAUAAUAAUAAUAAUAAUAAUAAUAAUAAUAAUAAUAAUAAUCUAAUCUUUAUCUAUAAAAUAAGUAAUAUCAAUAAUUAAACUCUAAUUUCUCAGAGAAUAAAGAAAUACCUAAACCUGAUCAAUUAAAAGGAGUAACUAUAAAAGUCAAUUAAAAUAUGUAAUCUCCAAAAAAUAGUUUGGCAUAUAAACCAAUUGUAUAAAAAGAAUUUUAGAUUCACCUUGAUAGUUCAAAUGCUUCAAGUGUUUAUAAGCCUCCUUGGGAUGUAAAUUAAGUGAAAAAAUAGUUUCCAAAUGAAAGCAACUCCUCAGUUUGUUUUGACGAUAUAUAUUAACAGAAAAGAAAAUAACAGCAACAACAAUAGUUUACUCCAAAUAAUAUUAAGAUUGAUGUAAAAUAAUUUUAAUAAAAGAGGAAUUGA